CGGGACGUGACGGCAGGGGGGCGAGCAGCGGAAGUGCCGUAAAGCGCGGAUGAUGUCGGGCGCUGGGGCUCCGGGGGCUGCCGUGGGGCCGUCGGGCUUUGCCAAGCGGCUCCUGGUGACGGGCGGCGCCGGGUUCAUUGCAUCACAUGUGGUUGUGUCUCUUGUAGAAAACUAUCCAGACUAUCUGAUUAUCAAUCUAGAUAAGAUGGACUAUUGUGCAAGCUUGAAGAAUCUUGAAACCAUUUCUGAGAAGCAAAACUAUAAGUUUAUCCAGGGUGACAUCUGUGAACCCCAUUUUAUAAAACUACUUUUUGAAACUGAGAAAAUUGAUAUAGUACUACAUUUUGCAGCACAAACCCACGUAGAUCUUUCAUUUUGGCGUACCCUGGAAUUCACCUAUGUGAAUGUUUAUGGCACUCAUGUUCUGGUCACUGCUGCAUAUGAAGCCAGUGUGGAGAAGUUCAUUUAUGUCAGCACAGAUGAAGUAUAUGGAGGUAGCAUUGAUGAGGAAUUUGAUGAAGCUUCACCCAAACGACCAACGAAUCCUUAUGCCUCAUCUAAAGCAGCUGCAGAAUGCUUUGUUCAGUCUUACUGGGAAAGGUAUCAGUUUCCAGUUGUUAUCACACGAAGCAGCAAUGUUUAUGGACCACAUCAGUAUCCAGAAAAAGUUAUUCCAAAGUUUAUAUCUUUGUUGCAUCAGAACAGGAAAUGCUGCAUUCAUGGUUCUGGGCUUCAAAGAAGGAAUUUUCUUUACGCCACUGAUGUAGUAGAAGCAUUCCUUACUGUUCUAAAGAAGGGGAAGCCAGGUGAAAUUUAUAACAUUGGAACCAGUUUUGAAAUGUCCAUUGUACAGCUUGCUAAAGAAUUAAUCCAUCUAAUAAAAAAGACCAAUUCAGAAUCUGAAAUGGAACAUUGGGUGGAUUAUGUAAAAGACAGACCUACCAAUGACCUAAGAUAUCCAAUGAAUUCAGAAAAAAUGCACAAUUUAGGAUGGAGACCUAAAGUUCCUUGGAAGGAAGGAAUAAAGAAAACAAUUGAAUGGUACAGAGACAAUUUUUGCAACUGGAAGAAUGCGGAGAAAGCUUUGGAACCCUUUCCUGUGACAGAACUAUUUGCACAGCUUGAUGUACCGUAGGGAGGAAGAGAGAACAGAAAGGAAAUUCAUCCUCUCUCCUCGUGACCAUGUCUUCUUUAUAGAAACUUGCAGUCAAGUGAUCAAGAUGAAGUCUUCUCAUAUUUCAAGAUGCAUGGACAAUUAUGAAUUCACAGCUGUAAAUAAGGAACAAAAUGGGAAAGAUUUUCAGAUCUUUUUAAUACUUGAUUUUGUAGAUGUAAAUCAGUUUUCAGUGCAAUAUCCUUAAAUUUUUAUAGAAAUUUAUUUUAAAUAACUAUAUGAAGGAUUUUUAUAACACUAUACAUUGAUACACUUGAUUUUAAACCUGUUUUGUUCACUUUGACUAAGAAACAUUUUGAAUACAACUCUUGGUAUUUUUGAUGAAAAUAUGUUAUUGAUGUGUUUUAAGUUCAGAAAUGCAUCAGAUGUACAAGACAGGUCAUCACUUCUUAUACUUGUUCCAUCACGUUAGCUGCAAAAUUAUAUUUUCUGUUCAGGCAUUUAAUCAUUAAGGAGCCAAAUGUUCUAUGCUCUACCAAAGGUGUACAGAAUCACCAAAGGUAGAGAUGAGAUCUAAAUGGUUACAGUCUAUUUCCCUGCCAUUGCCGUAUUGUUCUCCAUAGAUAACUAUUCUAGAACAUUGUCUGGUCUAAUUUUAAAUGUCUUAAAUAGCAUGUAUCACCUGUCUUGGGAAAUUAUCAUCAACCUAAUAGAUCUUUCAUGAAGCUUGUAUUUAAAUUCAUUCCAUUAUCUGUCUACAUUAUUUUCAAAGGAUUUUAUCACUGUGGUCAUUAUCCAGUUAUUACCUCUUGUAUUACCCCAAAUAAUUUCUUUCUCCUUAAUGUUUACAAUUGGAAUGUUUGGAAAAACUUGAAUGCUAAGUUUGUUACAGUAUUUAAAAUGUUAUUAUAAUCCAUGAUAUGAAGAAUAUUUUUGGCCAUAAGGAUAAAAGCUAAAUAGUUUUGUUUCACUGAGUUGUGGGAUGGUUUGUAUUAUCAGAGUUUAGAUCAUCUUAUCAAUGAAACAUUGCUUGUAAGUAAAACUUCCUUGUAAAUUACCCCUUUUUUUAUAGAAGGGAGAAAUAUCCUGUAUUUUCACAUAAAAUUCAGUAGAAAACUAUAAUUAUGGAAAAGCUGCUAAUAUGGAUUUUUCAAUGUUAAUAUUUGAAUAUAAAGUGCUUGUCUAACUUGAUUAUUUUCUGUUAUUCAU